GUGAACUUCCGGUGUUGCGGAGGGAUCGGCGCCCCGGUGAAACGGUUCCUCCUCCGUGAGCCCCGCGGAGCAGCAGCGGAACAAACCCGGACAUUAAACUCGGUAACGGAGGAUUUCAUCGGUUGUCGCUGGUCAACGUGAUGUAAACAGCGGCUGUAGGUGGUGCUGCAGCUGCUCGCUCUGAGCAUGCGCAGUUUGUCACGUGUUCUUGACUGUGGCGCACCUGUGGUUGUGUUAGUAAAAGUUCUGGUUCUGUUUCUCUCCUGGUUCGGGCGCUGGUGUGUAAAGCGGACCGGCCUCCCGGAGUCAAAGUCCGAACCGGGUCCAGUCAGAGAGCAGGUGAGUCCGGCUCCGCCCUCCGGCCCGGGUCAACAGGAUGCUGCAGCGGGUGGCGGUGGUCGGAGCGGGGGCGGCGGGACUCUGCGCUGCCCGCCACAUCCUGUCCCGCCCCGACACCUUCACCCCCCCGGUGGUGUUUGAGCUCAGCGGGAACGUGGGCGGCACCUGGUGCUACGAGGAGCAGGUUGGGACGUACCCCGACGGGAGGCCGGUGCUCAGCAGCAUGUACAGAGACCUCAGAACCAACCUGCCCAAGGAGGUGAUGAUGUUUCCUGACUUCCCCUUCGACCCCCAGCUGAGCAGCUUCCUGCCCCACCAGGAGGUGCAGCGCUACCUGGAGAGCUACUGCCAGCGCUUCCAGGUCCGGCCGCACAUCCAGUUCAACACUGCGGUGGAAAGCGUCACGCCGGUCUCCACGACAACAGAUGGCGAGGACAGAAAGGUCACAUGGGAAGUGACAUCAUCAGACUCAUCGGGUCAUCGGAAAACGGAGACAUUCGACGCCGUUUUUGUCUGCUCAGGGCAUUACUCGGACCCUCACGUCCCAGACAUCCCGGGGAUCCAGAACUUUAAAGGUCAGCUUCUCCACAGCCACUCGUACCGCAGCGCCGAGCCUUUCUCCGGCCUCACCGUGCUGGUUCUGGGAGCUAAGGCGUCCGGACUGGACAUCUCCAUGGAGCUGGUCAAAGCUGGAGCCAAGGUGACGCUGAGCCACCGCUACCCUCCGCUGACCGUUCCUCUUCCUCUGGGGAUCCAGCAGUCCAGCUCUGUGGAGGCGGUGGAGGACGACGGCACCAUCCGCCUCCAGGACGGCUCAGCGUGUCGGGCCGACGUUCUGAUGUUCUGCACCGGCUACAACUUCAGCUACCCCUUCCUGGACCCGGCUCAGCUGGGUCUGGAGGUCCAGGACCACCUGGUGUCUCCUCUGUACCGGUACAUGCUGCCUCCUGCCUUCCCCUCGCUCUUCUUCAUCGGCAUCUGCAAGAUCAUCUGCCCCUUCCCCAACUUCAACUGCCAGGUCCAGUUCGCUCUGGCGGUGCUGGACGGGUCCGUGCGCCUCCCUCCUCAGGAGCAGAUGGAGGAGGAGGUGUGGAGGGAGCAGCGGCUGAAGCUGGAGCGGGGCGUCCAGCGGCACCACCUGCUGAAGAUGGACCAGGACCAGUGGGACUACUGCGACGCGCUGGCCGGUUCUGCCGGGUUCCCGCCGCUCCUGCCGGUGGUCCGCAGUCUGUACGAGGAGGUGUGGCGGCAGAGGCAGCUCCACCCCGAAAACUACAGGAAGCUCAACUACCGGCUGGUGAGCGCCACCUGCUGGGAGCUGCUCACCUGACCGCCAGAACCAGGAAGUGGUUCCUCCAGCGUGUUCUGCAGAGAACGUCACGUUCUAAACCGCCUCAAUCAGUGCAGGAAUUCUACCUAGAGUCAGGUUUUCCACAAAGUGUAAUUAUCAUGAUUGUUAAUUUAGUCUGAAUGAUGUCAUUAUCAGUAAAUUAAAGAAUUUCCUUUAAUCUGCUCCAGAAACCUCAAGAGUUCAGCUUUGAUCACUUUAUAAAUUUCUGUGAAGACUU